AUGUCUGCAGAACUCAUUUCCUCCACAGGAGAGGAGGGACGCCUCAGCUCAGGACCCAGUUUUAGAUCCCGUCGGAGGAGGAUAUUAAACUUGCUUCUGGAGAGAGACACUUCCUUUACCACCUGUCCAGAUCUCCCUAGAACUCCAGUGAACAAACUCUUUGGUGAUUCUGCAAACCUAAGCGUUUUGUCUGGAGGAACCCCAAAAUGUUGCCUUGAUCUUUCGAAUCUUAGCGGUGGUGGAGAGAUGUCUGCCAAUCAACUUACCACUUCUGCAGAGAUUGAUGAAAUUGGUCAUUUGGAUUCUAAAGGACCUCAGGAAAUAUAUUUAACUGGGAUGAAUCAUCAACAGCACCUUAGAAAAUGCAGCCCAGCACAGCUGCAUUGUAGCACUCCAAAUGCUUUGGACCAUGGCAACAGGAAGAAAGAUGCAGUAUGUAGCUCAUCCACAAAUAAAGAAAAUGACAAUGGAAACUUUUUGGAAAGUGAAAUGAAAUAUCUGGGCAGCCCCAUUACUACACUUCUAAAAUUGGAUAAAAAUCCAGAACUAGAAGAUCAAGCAGAGGAGAUUUCCAAUGAAUUGAUGGACUUUUCUCUGGACGAUCAGGAAGAGCCCAAGGCAUCUCUGAAUAGAAGCUCCUUGUAUCGCUCCCCUUCAUUGCCAGAGAAUUUGAACAGGCCAAGACUGAAGCGGGUGGUAAAAUUCAAGGACAACCCAGUACCAGAUAAAGAAAAAAAGGAGUAUUGUUCUAGCCACAAAGAGCUCAGGAAGGGCUUACGUCUAAAGAAGACAGUCUCUCUCUGUGACAUUAAUAUCACUCAGAUGCUGGAGGAAGAUUCUAACCAGGGCUCUCUGAUUGGUGAUUUCUCCAAGGUAUGUGUGCUGCCAACCGUGUCAGGGAGACACCAGGAUCUGAAGUACGUCAACCCAGAAACAGUGGCUGCCUUACUGUCAGGGAAGUUCCAGAGUCUGAUUGAGAAGUUUUAUAUCAUCGAUUGCCGCUACCCAUAUGAAUACCUGGGAGGACACAUCCAGGGAGCCUUAAACUUGUACAGUCAGGAAGAACUGUAUGACUUCUUUCUGAAGAAGCCCAUUGUCCCUCUGGACACCCGGAAAAGAAUAAUCAUCAUAUUCCACUGUGAAUUCUCCUCAGAGAGGGGUCCCCGAAUGUGCCGCUCUCUGAGAGAAGAGGACAGGGCUCUGAACCAGUAUCCUGCAUUGUACUACCCAGAACUAUAUAUCCUCAAAGGCGGCUACAAAGACUUCUUUCCAGAAUAUACGGAGCUGUGUGAACCACAGAGCUACUGCCCUAUGCAUCAUCAAGACCAUAAGGCUGAGCUGCUGAGGUGUCGAAGCCAGAGCAAAGCAUGGGAAGGAGAGCGGCAGCUGCAGGAGCAGAUUGCCUUACUGGUGAAGGAUGUGAGCCCAUGA